AUGGCCUCACCACCCCAUCUCAACAAACACCUCAAACCAUUGUUCCAGCUCGUCGUAAACAACUUCCUUGUGUUCGUCGCCGCACCGGUGACAGUCAUCGUGGUCCUCCGUAAAGCCGCACAGCUCGGUCCCGAGGAGAUCCUCUCCCGGCUCCAUGGUUUGCGGCAGGUCCACGUUCUGCUGGCCAUCUUCCUACCGUUCGCUUUGGCCACCCUCUACCUGAUGAGUCGCCCUCGUAGCGUGUACCUCAUCGACUAUGCUUGCUGCCGGCCAAAAUCCAAUUGUCGCGUCUCCAUAGGCUCCUCCAUCGAGAACGUUCGCUUCUCGCCUUACCUCGAUGAUGGAGGUGUCGACUUCAUGACCCGCAUGCUCAAGCGCUCGGGCCUCGGUGACCAGACCUACCUCCAUCCUUCAUUCCACUAUAUCCCCCCACGAUGUUGCUUAAGCGAUGGUCGUGACGAGGCGGAGCAGGUCAUCUUUUCAGCUGUCGACGACUUGCUCGCCAGGACUGGCAUAAGUCCUGGAACUAUCGACAUACUCGUCACCAACUGCAGUGGAUUCAACCCGACCCCGAGCUUGGCUGACAUCGUCGUGAACAAGUACAAGCUCAGAACCGACAUCCGAAGCGUGCACAUAUCCGGGAUGGGGUGCAGCGCAGGGGUGAUUUCCCUAGAGGUCGUGAGAAACCUCCUGCAGGCGGCACCGCGGGGCGCGCGCGCCCUCAUGGUGUCCACGGAGGGCACAUGUAUCGUCAACUACACCGGCAAGAACCGGGGGAUGCUGUUGCCGUAUGCCCUGUUCCGCAUGGGCGCGGCCGCGGUGCUGCUGUCGACAUCCAAGUCCUUGGCCCGCUUCCGGCUCAUGCACAUCGUGCGAACGCUCACCGCCGCACAAGACAUAGCAUACUUGUGCAUUUCCAUGAAAGAGGACGAUGAGGGAGAAAUGGGAGCAUACCUAUCCAAGGACCUUGUGUCAGUUGCCGGCGAAGCUCUCAAGGCCAACAUCGCGGCAAUGGGGGCCCUUGUCCUCCCGCCCUCGGAGAAGAUUCUCUUUGCGAUCUCAUUCAUUGCACGGGAGGUGCUGAGAAGCAAGAUCAAGCUAUAUAUCCCGGAUUUCCGGACGGCCUUCCAACACUUCUGCAUCCAUUCCGGUGGUCGGGCAGUGAUCGACGCGGUGCAAAAUAGCUUAAGCUUAUCAGACAGGGAUGUUGAGGCAUCACGGAUGACGCUUCACCGGUUCGGGAACACAUCUAGCAGUUCAUUGUGGUAUGAACUUGCAUACAUCGAGGCCAAGAGGCGGAUGCGGAAGGGCGGCCGGGUGUGGAUGAUCGGGUUCGGCUCUGGGUUCAAGUGCAACAGCGCCGUGUGGCAGUGCAUGAGGCCGGACAGCAACACCACUGUUGGCACGCCAUGGGCUGAUUCUAUUCAUAUGUAUCCUCUCAACAACAUCUCAGAGGAAGUGGGCUAA